UUAUUCGCUGGCUUGCCAAUAUUUUAGAGCGGAUCGAGCUGGGGUGACAAGUAGAAAUGGCCUCACACAUUCUUAGGGCAAAUAAUUUGUUGCGACAGGGCUUACGUCGUUUUUCUGCAUUAGCUGGAAAAGAAUACCAAGAAGCUUUGUUGGCGGAGGAAAAACAUGCAGGAGCUACAGCAAAGACAUGGAAAGGCAUCUCCAUAUUUGUAGCUGUACCUGGUAUGCUUUUGUGUGCUUAUCAGGCUUACACAACUGAGAAAGAACACAUGGCACAUUUUGAACGGCCAGAAUUUCAUGCGUAUGAACAUUUGAGAAUCCGCAGAAGUCCAUUUCCAUGGAAAGACGGCAACCACUCGUUAUUUCACGGACACAAUAAUGCUUUGCCUGAAGGCUAUGAACAUUAAGUUGGAUAAAGCUUUGUAAAUUUCUUACCUGUUAAAUGAAAGAAUAGAAUUUUAAGGUUG